GCGGGGAUGAUCAAUCCUCUUCUUGCUAGGGACGGCGUCCAAUCUGCUUCUGGCUCUGCCGUCAAGUCCAUAAGCAUCUCCCGGGCUCUGCUGUGGACCUUCUCCUGCUCCACCGAGAGCAAUCAUGGGCGAUGGGGUGGUGUAUCCUUCUGUCUUCGUGGUGGACGGCCAGCAGCACGGGGUCCCCUUUGUCCCGCCCAUGAGGAGGAAGCGACGGGUGUGUUUGCACAGCCAGUUCUUCCUGGCCUCUCUGGUCAUCUUAGCCCUGGCUGGUGUGGCCACCGAAGGCUAUUUCCUGAUCCGCUUCCAGAAAGAGCUGGAGAAGGCGACGUCCCAGGUUGGGGAGGAAGCAGGGGCCAUCUCCGAGAAGUCCAUUCAAGACCGGAAACUUCACGCUGAGAAGCCAGCAGCUCACGUCUUGGGUGCAGCCUUCACCACCUCUGGGAACGGUUCUCUGCAGUGGGAACACAGUAAGGACUGGGCUUUCCUGCAUGACAUGCGUUACCAGGGCGGCUCCCUGGUCUGCAUCAAGCCGGGCUACUAUUACAUCUACUCCAAGAUCCAUCUCAUGGCGCAGAGCUGCUCUCAGCAGGACCAGAAUUCCGUUAUCUAUCAUAGCAUCUAUAAGAAGACCCCCAGGUAUGUCGAGGAGAUGAAACUGGUGGAGAACCUGAUCCUUUUCUGCGAUGGGAAGGACAACAGGUUCUGGCGGCAAAACAGCUUCCUCGGAGGAAUCUUCCACCUGGAGGAGGAGGAGCAGAUUUACGUCAAGGUGUCACAGAGACAGAUGCUACAGGUCAGAGACGGCACCAGGUCUUAUUUCGGCACCUUCAUGAUCUGAGCAGGCCCUUCCCACAGCUGCAAGUGCUGGGUUUUGGGUUGAGGCCUUGUGCUUUUUAAUCUUCCACUGGAACAUGGACCAUCCCUCUGACCCAGCACCCCCCAAAAUACUGUUGCACCUUCCCGGUCUAAUACGCUCCCCAGACUGGAUCCGGCUCGUGAGGUUAACUUCAGAGGCUGGUCACAGAGCUCAGAAGAAGGAAGGGUGGGCUUCCAGCUGAGGCGUUGUACUAGGAAUCAGGACUCCGGGGGCCUCGUCCUAGCUCUGCUACUGACUUGCUGUGUGACCUCAGUCCAGACACUUUCUCUCUGUAUGGCUUGCUGCACAAAAAUGCCGCCUCACGAGGGCAUCCCGAAGCUUAAGCUGCACGGAGUGCUUUGGACGGAAGAGACUCUAGUAAGCAGUAGAUCGGUCCAGGGGGAGGUCACUGAACUGGGAGUCAGGACUCCUGGGUUCUAUCCCCAGCUGUGCCACCCACCUGCCUUUCUGUACCUCCAUUUCCCUAGCUGCAAAAAAGGGAUGCUGGUUCUCCCUUACCCUUGUGUUAUAGGCCAUAAUGCUCUCCCCUGCGUAGCUGGCCACUGUCCCGCCAUCAGGUCCAGCGGUUUUCAAAUAGCUUCGAAAGCCAAGAUGAGCUUUGAAAGUGGAGAGACAAAGAAACUGGCUACCCCAAGGGACUAUGGGACAUUUUGCCUCCAGGUCGCCAAGGCCGGCCGACCCUCAGCCACUGUAUAUCAGUGUAACUUCAAUCAUUCCAUGCUUGUUUGUGCCAGCUGACCGGGUGUUGGAGGGAGGGAAGUGUAUUUAAUUGGCUUGCCGUUCUGCUUAGCAACUGAUGGUGCUUGACGGGAUCAAAUCCUGCCGUUCCCUUUGCUCACGGGGAAGAUCCUGAUUCGGGCACCUCCCGUUGAGGGUCUGACCUGAGGAGUCUGCCCGAGGAAGAGCGUCAGGGAGCCGUCUCGUCAGCUGGUGCAAAUCAGCAUGGCUGCGAUGGGGCAAUAUCCCUGCCGAGGCUCGGGCCCUCGCUAUUUAGCCCCGCGUCUCCGCCCUUGGCGAGAACGGGCCAAGUUCUCCUCUCACUCGCUGCGGUGUGAAUCCGGAGGAAGUUCGCGGAAGGGGCGCCGAUGUAAGACUUAGCCGAGGGGAGGAUCCUGCGUGACGGGCCCAGAUCUCCGGCGGGGAGACGUUAGUGUCGAUUCAUCGGAGUCCUUGGGGCGAAGCGGAUUUCCAGUCGCUGGGGAUGUGGCCCGGGUCCCGCCAUUCCCUGUGCUGCUUUAUGUGCCGUGAAUGUAUGUAAGUGUGUGCACCUAUUUAUUUUCCAAUGAGUAUUCCCUGAUAUUCAGGGAGCAGCUGUAUCUAAGGGUUAUUUAUCCAUUACCCCAGGGC